AUGGUCUCUGCAUCCUUCUUGAUCGGCCUUAGUGCCUUCUCGGCUCGAGCCCUUGCCGGUGCCAAGACAGGCAUCUUCAACAGCAUCGACCACAUCUCUGCUCCGGAAGACUGUCUGCCUGAAACACCCAGCUGGUCUGCUACGGUUGGAUGGUCCAUUUCCAAGGAAAUGAACGUCAAGGAAGGCGACACUUUUGCCUUGCGCAUGCCGUAUGUGUACAAGUUCACCUCAGGCACCAGAAGCCUUGAGCUUGUGGCUGGUGAUACCUCGUUUGCCAAAUGUGAAUUGUUCAGCGGGGACAAUGUGGUUGAUUUUUGUGAACUCCAGUGUACGGCGCUUGCGGCCGUGGAGAAGGUUUCUUCAGUCAAAGGCACGGUGGAAUUUCCCUUCACCUUCAAUGCUGGCAUGCUGGGCGAUUCCGUGAACUUGGCUGCCUCUACGAUCUGGAAAGCAGGAAAGAACACUGUCACCUGGGCCGACGGCGAAAACAAAUUAUCCUGUGAUGUUGACUUCACCGGCGGAAGCUCCUAUGUGUUCAGCGGCAGCAUCGAACACGGCGCCUACUUCUUGAGAAAAGCCUGCCAUGCUGACGGCAUGUCGGGCUACAUUGAAAUCGAAAACCCAGAUUCCGGCGUCGAGCUCGACUGCAAGUCUGUGGCUGGUUCGGUUUCUGACCAGAUCAACGAGUUCUACUUUCCUCAGUCUGCUGAGAAGUGCUCUGUGAAUGUGGAUGAAUGCUCUGCCACCAAGGCCAAGCUUUCGUUUAGUGGCAUUCCCGCUGGUUUCAGGCCUUUUUUGAACGUCAAUGCUGCUAUUCCCAAGAAGGAUUUCCGUUCCUCCAACAGCUACUCUUACAAGUUCAGCUGUGGAGGUUUCAUCUUGGAGGACUACCAGUCUACAAGCUGGUACAUGUACAAGAACGGUGAAACCGGUGGUGACGGCGAUUACAAUGACAUUGUGGUUACUACGGUUACUGGAAACUACGGCUGCCCUACUGCUGUGAAUACGGUGACCGGUCCUUCUACGAAUACCAUUGUGGUGACUGUUCCACCUAGUGAGACCACUGAUUCCCAUGAGACCGAUGGAUUCCACAAGACUGACGAAUUUGAGAGUGAUGAAUUCCACAAGACGGAAAGCGACUGUGACGAUGGUUUUGACCACAAGACAGAGGACUGGGGUCAUGAAACCGACCACUGGGAUCAUGAAACCGACCACUGGGGUCACAAGACUGAAAACUGGGAAACCGAGGACUGCCUGACCGAGUCUGGUUUUGACCACAAGACCGAGUGGGAUCACAAGACUGAAGAUUGGGGUCACAAGACCGAGUGGGACAAGACCGAGUCCUGGGGUUUUGAAACCGACUGUUCUGACGACUGGGACCAAGACCUGGGACACAAGACAGACUCUUGGGAAACUGACCACCACGAUACUGAGUCCUGGGAAAUUGACACCGACUGUUCCACUGACUUUGACCACAAGACGUGGGAGACCGGUAUUACUAAGUCCUGGGAAACCGGAAAGACUAAAUCCUGGGAGACUGAACAUACUGAAUCUUGGGGCCACAAGACCGAAUCCUGGGACAUUGACACUGACUGCUCUACUGAUGACCAUAAUACUGAGUCCUGGAACACCGACCACAAGACCGAAUCCUGGGAAACCGACUGCACUGGUUCUGAAACCCACAAGACGGAGUCCUGGGAGACUAAAACCCGCUGUUCUUGUGGCUCCAAAAAGACUCAUUCUGAAACCGACCACCACAAUACUGAAUCGUGGGAGACUGACUGUUCCACCUGGGAAUCUGAAACUUCAACCAAGAACACUGUUUCCUGGCCAACUGAGACUGGCCACACUGGUGUCACCACUGAUUCUGAGAGUUGUGAUACUGGCGUUCCUACUACCUGGGUUCCUCCUGCUGAAACCACCAAUUCCAUUGUGACUGGUUCUGAGAGCUCUGAAUCUUACCAGUACGGUAACAGUUCUACGAAGUGGAGCUCUGGGUUUGUGACAAAGUCUACUUACACCCACGGAACCACUGAUUCUGAGGCCACUGAGUCCAAGGGUACCACUGAGUCCAAGGGUACUACUCAAACUGACGGUACUACCAAGAUUGAAAGCACUUCUAAGACUUGGGGUACUACUGAGACCGACUUCACCCAUUCUGAGGGAACUACUAAGACUGACUUUACCAAUUCUGAGGGAACUACCGAAACUGAAGGAACUACCGAGACUGGCUUCACCCAUUCUGAGGGCACUAGGACUGAUUCGACCCACUCCGAAGGCACAACCCAAACUGGAUCUACCCACUCUGAGGAAACCACAAACCAAGUUCCUUCAAACACUGUUCCCCAACCAGACUGUUCCACUGUCACCACCACAUGGACCGGAACCGUCACUUCUACCACUACCGAGUGUGUUUCAGGAACCACCACUGUGGUUGUUCAGGUUCCUCCAUCGCCAGUUACCACUGUCACCAAAACCACCGUGGGAACUGUCACCUUCACCACUACUGAGCCUUGUGAAUCUGGAACCCAGACUGUUGUGGUUGGCAUUCCUUCUGGUCAUUCUGAAACUGAGACUUCUACUGAGGUGAGCCAUGAAACAACCGAGACUGAUGAAACCACUGAGUACCCAGUUCCCUCUGAAACCGAGGCUUCUGAAACCCACUCUGAAACAACCGAGUACUCUCACACUUCGGAGCAUCAAGAAACCACUAAAAACAAAACCACUGAGAACCAGACUACCGACAACCAUGAGACUGAACACCCAAAGACCUCUGACCACCCAGAAACCUUCACUUCAGAGCACGAGAAUUCUGAAACCCCAGAGACCAGCUUGCCAUCUGAUACCCCUGGUGCGUCUGAAACUCCAGAAUUCCCUAUCGAGUCUGACCAUCACGACACCGAGUCUACAAGUGUCUCUGUGGGAACAGUUGUCGGAACCACUUCUACUGGUUUGACUGAGGGUCCUUCUGAAACUGCUCCUGCUGGUGAAACCUCCCCAGCUCCUGUUUCAGGUUCUCCUUCUGAAAAUGUCCCUGAGGCCUCUGAAACUCCAGUUGAAGGUUCUUCUGAAAUCCCACACAACAGUGCCCCAGCUGAAACCGAGGAUCACCACCACUCUUCCGCUCCUGAAACCACCCUCGUGGUGCAGAGAACCAGAACCUUGACCCUCGGUUCCAGCUCUAUCGAAGAGACUUAUGAAACCAGCAUUGCAACUGCUAUCCAAGAUUUGGUUUCUCAGUCGUCUUCUCACCUUACUUCAGUGGCUGCUAAGGAAACAUCGAGUGAAACUCCUGUUGCUUUCAGCUCUGCUGCUCCUUCUUCUCCAGCAGUUUCCACCUAUGACGGUUCUGCUGCUUCUCAUUCGAUGAGUCUUUUUGCACUUGUUUUGCCAUUGAUUCACUUCUUUGUUUAA